AUACCAGAGGUAAAAAAAAAAAAAUUGAUUUAUUUCUUGUAAGUACCACGUGUUAUAUCAUUGGUGUAUCACUGUGAAUAAUCUGUUGCUGAAUUCAAAUUGGUGUAUAUGAUUGUAAUUAGUACCUCUAUGAUGUCCUGAGUCAAUAUAAAAUGUUGGAUAUGGUUGCUUUUGUUGACCCUGCGAUGAUUGGUGUAAUUGGGUGUGGGAAAGGUCAAGAAAGGUCCCAACAUAUAAAGGAGAGGCUGGUAUCUGCAAAACCUGGACAGAUUUUCAUGCUGCCGUAUAACUCAGAUAAACAUUGGGUGCUAACUGUUGUGGAUCCCGAACAAGAAAUUGUUUAUUUUAUGGAUCCAUUGAAGAGACGGUUAUCCACCGGAGAAUGGGUUUCCAUUGUUGAUAGUGCAAUAUCUAUGUAUAAUGCACAGAAGGGUAGGAAAGGCCGAAGUUCACCUAUAUGGAAAAAUUUGUCGGGUAUUCCUCCUCAACCGAACAACAAGGAGUGCGGCUACUUUGUCAUGCAAUACAUGAGAGACAUCAUUAAGGAUAAAGACUUUUCAUUUGUUAACAAGUGGGAGAGAAGAAGCAGCCUUGUUUAUACCCAAGUGGAUAUCGAUGAGAUAAGGAAUGAGUGGGCUAGGUUUGUGGUUAAUAGAUACGUGUAG